AUGCCAUCCUUGACAGCCGCCCCAUCAACCGAGGGGUCAACUUCCACCCCUGAAGACAGCCAAAUUGAUACCUCCACGAUUAUCUAUACGGUCUCCGGGGCAAUCUGGAUCCUUGUAGCUGGAAGCUAUAUGACGUUUUUAAUGGCGAUCAUGGAUGAAAGGUUGGACAGUACCGAGGAGACGGGGGAGGUGGUGGCGCCGCGCACGAGAUUCACCGCCCGCAUUCUCUGGGCCAUGCUCAAAGGGCUGCUUUGGCCUCUUGUUCUGCUGUGGAUACUGGUGGAAUCGACUGUGACGGAGUGUUGCAUCCCCGUGUGUAAGUGGUGCGCCGGCGGGUGUACGUAUGACGGGACUCCAAAGACAAGAUAUUGCUCCAAGAAAUCUCUAGUCACGGAAAAAGACCGAAUCCCUGUGACCAAUGCUCGUAUCAGAUUGAAAGCCAAACGCGGAGAUGCAGGCUCUCGUUGGAGAAUCGUGCAGGUGGCCCCGACUGCUGCAGACAGCUGGAAAAAGCUACAACUCGAGAGGCUCCUCAUCGACGUCAUCCUGACAAUCUCCAACUAUUUAUCUAUCCUCCCCGGUCGCAUUUCCUCAGCUGUCCGUCAUGAGCAUGCCAGAUACUCGAUAAGAAGCAAGCCCAAAAUGCAUACAACGCCUCUCACGACAAUGGCGAUGCAGUACCAAGCUGCAUUGCAGAUAUUGCAAAAGACGGCCAACGAUAUGUCCAAACGCAGAACAAGAACGGAAGAGCUCGUUCCACUCGAAGACUCGGUCGGGCGGACAGCGGCCAAGGACAUUCUGAGCCCCGAUUCAACACCGCCCUUCGAUACAGCCGCCGCCGACGGAUUUGCGUUGGUAUCCUCAGCCACCAUCAACGCCUCGCCCAUGAACCCGGUCUACUUUCGCGUGGCAGGAACCAUCACGGCAGGCGAGGAACCACCACUAAUGCCGCCCUGUAGGGGACCCGAUGGUGUUCUCCAAUGCUACGAAAUCAUGGUCGGCGCCAGAUUUCCCGACACGGCCACCGAACACUUGAUACAUAUGGACGCAUGCGUCUGGGCAACAGACGUCCACGAAGUGUCGAUGUCAGAAGUACCAAAGGCCGAUCCGCAGUUGGGCAACAGGUUCAUCAAGAUUACGAAGCCGGUUACGUACAAUGCCAACCGCCGGAGGGCUGGAGAAGAUAUUAGCAAGGGAGACAGACUGAUAAGAGCGGGUAUGAAGAUACGGUCCAGCCAUGUGUUGCCGCUCGCGUCGGUAGGGAUCAAGGAGGUCGCUGUUGAGCCGCUGAUUCGGGUUGGGGUGUGGUCAACUGGCAGAGAAAUCGUGCGGAGCGAUGUCGACGGACCGACUGCAACCAAGAGGACCGGCACGCGGUACACAUAUGAUGCUGAUGGGCCUUAUCUGAUGGCAGCUUUGAAGGAAUUCGGAGCAGAGCCGCACUUUCUGGGCUUGCUGCCCGGCGACGAUCCGGCGGUGCUGGAAAAGGCACUAGGCGAGACGAUGGCGACGGACAAGUUCGAUGUUCUGGUCACGACAGGGGCAGCCACGCCAGGCAGGUCGGGCUUUGUCAGAUCCGUGAUCGAGAAGCUGGGGGGACAAGUGCACUUCCACGGGGUGGCGAUGCGACCGGGAGGCACAGCCAUGUUUGCAUCGCUCGAGUCGACCGCACCCAACAAUGGACUUGUAUCUUUCUUUGGGCUUCCGGGAGACCCUUGUGCAAUGGCGGCGUGUUUCAGGUUCUUGAUCGUGCCGUACCUUCAGUUCGUCCGAGGCGAGAAGGCGGACGAGCCGCUUAUGGCGACGCUGGAACUGCGAUGUUCGACAAGGCAGGAAUCGGAACCGAACAUGGACGCGGGAGCACCGGUUGAGGCAUCCAUGGGUAACGACUGUGGACCGCUCUGUAUGGACUGUUUUCGACACGGACGGGUGACGGCGAGCGAAGAUGGGCGGCGCAAGGUGGUUCGCAUGACCAAGGACCAAGGCCCGGGCAAGGUGUAUCCGUUUACCGAAGCCAACUGCUGGAUCCAUCUGCCGCAUGGCCAGGAGAUUGUGCAGGGGGCAAUGGUGCCAUGUCUAUCGCUGUCGGCGUGUCGGGACGAGAAAUGGCAAUAG